ACAAGCUGAUUUCUGAAAACUCAGCUGAGCUUUGAACAGGACACAGGAAAUCCAACACAAACUUAACAAAACUUCCAAGAUUAUGCUGAAGUACAGGAGAUCGCAGAAGAACUAAGAUGUUCCCAAAAAGAUGCAAGACUGGUAGGAAUGCAUCUUGUCGACCAGCAGCGUGAGAUGUGGAUUGAGCGAGUAUCCAGCGUACCGCCAAUUCUGGACUCCCUGCUCAGCCAGAAUUUGCUCAGUAACGAGCAAUAUGACGAGAUUUUAGCGGAAAAGACUCCGGCGGCACAAAUGAGAAUGGUAUACAAGUUCAGCCGGGCGUGGGGGAAUGCCGAGAAGGACAUCUUUUUGGAAAUCCUGAGAAAGAAACAGCCACAUCUGAGUUUUCUUCACACUUCCGAUCACCUCAGUGAGGGUGAGGUGAAAAAUAAAAUUCAGACAGAUUAUAAAGAAAAUACUGUAAACAAAUAUGAAAAAACAAGAGACUACAACUCCCUUCAAGGAGAAAGGGUGGAUUUAAGAGACCGGUACAUAAGACUACAAAUGAUUAACAAACAUCAUGAGGAAAAGGAAAAGGAACUUCAACUGAAAUCAAGAGGAGAGGAAUACAUAGAGCAGAUGACGAAACAUGCAGAUGAAGCCACAUGCAUUGAAGUUCAAGAUUUGUUUGCUCCACACAAGGAAGAUGAAAGAGAACCAGCGACUGUUGUACUGCAUGGACCAGCCGGCAUUGGAAAGACAUUUACAGUCAACAAAAUUAUGAUGGACUGGGCUUCAAACAACCUCUUCUGUGACAGAUUUGAUUAUGUUUUCCAUUUGAACUGUCGAGAUCUCAACACAUGCACAAAUGACGUUAGCUUGGUUGAUUUGAUUUUGAACAGUGCUGAAGAGUUGCAGCCGGCUAUUGAAGAGAUACUGGCCCACCCAGAAAAACUUCUGUUCAUUAUUGAUGGUUUUGAUGAACUGAAGUUCUCUUUGAAUCAAGUAAAUGUUGUUAUAGCCGGAGACUGGAAUACAAGACAUUCAGUUGAAAUCACAUUAUGUCGGUUGCUUAAGAAGAAAAUUCUUUCCAAGUCUAAGCUGUUAAUCACAACAAGAGCAACUGCUUUAGAGAAUCUUGGCAGGGUUGUGGAUGUUGAGCGCUGUGUAGAAAUACUUGGUUUUUCAGAAGGAGAAAUAAAGGAAUAUGUUUCCAAAUUUUAUAAAGAUGAGCAGCAAGCUUCAGUCGUUUUUAACUACAUUGCAGAAAACGAAGCAGUGUUUUCAAUGUGCUUUGUUCCAGUUGUUUGUUGGAUUGUCUGUUCAGUGAUGAAAGAUCACCUAAGUCAUGAUGAAAGCCUUGCAAAGAAAUUGAAAACAACCACCCAGAUUUUUGCUCAUUUUGUAAAUAAAUUAUUGAAACACCAUGGCGCUAGUGAAGACUCACAAAUUCUUCAUCAAGUUGGUUUAUUGGCAUUUCGGGGAGUUUACAAAAAGCAAGUGCUAUUUGAGAAACAGGAUCUGGUGGAGUUGUCUUUAGAUCCAGCUCAGUGUACUACUUUUUUCAGCAAAGUCAUUUUCAAGCAGGAGCUGGAUCUUAAGUCCAUGUAUCAUUUCUUGCAUUUAAGCAUUCAAGAGUUAUUUGCUGCCUUCUUUUGUGCUACAAGCAAAGAUGACAAAUUUGUAGAAAACAUUUUGAAUGAGUCAAUGACUGCAGAGAGAGAUCACCUUAUACAUGUCAUUCGCUUUCUGUUUGGACUGUCGAACGUGAAAACUCUAAAAAUAAUUCAGGACAACUUCACUGAGCCUUCAUCUGUCCUGAGAACACAGUUAGAAAAAUGGAUUCCGCAAGCUUUGUGUUUUUACAAGGAUAUUGAACUACUGAACUGCUUUUAUGAGACCCAGGAUGAGGAGUUUGUUAAAUGUGCAAUGAAAAACAUCAACACAAUUAACGUGAGUCAGUGCCAUUUAAGUAAAAGUGCUUGCCUGGCAAUUAGGUACUGUAUUGAACAAAGCGAUCAGGUGGAUAGACUAGAUGCAUUUGGAUGCCAGUUGGGGAAAGAAGAAGUGAAGAUCCUUUUAGGAGUGCUUCCUAAAUGCCAGUCUAUAAUCUUAAGUACUGAGGCCCAGACAACAAACACAGCCCUGGAAAUGUGUGAAAUCCUGUCUGCACAUUGCUUUUCACACUACUUCAACCUGUGGUUAGAAGACUCAUCAGGAAGAAUGAUUUUUUUCUUUCAAAUAAGCAAAAAAAACAGAUUCUCCAGUUUGUAUGUCACUGGAUCAGACUCUUUCAACAUCUGCAUCAAGAUUAUCCCAAAAUUUAAAUUCAACCUGAUAGCCUUUCUGGACUUCAGACUUGGAGAAGAAUCAACAAAGCACCUAAUUGAAAUGGUAAAGUGUUCAAUGUACAAACUUGAAUAUCUAAGUUUUAGUGCGGAGAGAUUAACUUUAAGAACGAUGGAGAGUGCAAUCAGUCUUCUUCUUGGGAUUAAAGGGAGAGAUCUUCAACUAGAUAUAUCAAGAGCAUUAGAUGGAUUUACAUUGAUUUCUGGCAAUAAAGGUGCACCGCAUAUAUUGAGUUGUAUGAUGGAUAAUGAAAAUGAAGAAAAGGACAACAAGAACGUGGAGGCUGAAAACAAAACCAAAGGGGUCUUGGACAGGGACACCAAUCCCAGGUUAACACUCACUGGACUAAAUGAUGAAUCCAUGAAGCAGAUAUGUGAUACUAUGAAAAAAGAACACUCCGUACUGCAUACAUUGAGUUUAUCUGCAAACGGUUUGACUGAAGCCUGUGUCCCUGAUAUCUGCAUGAUCCUGGCCAUGCAAACCUCUCUGAAGCACCUUGAACUGGGAAACAAUCACUUUGGAGACACUGUGGUUAAACAGCUGUGCACUGCUUUCAAUGGACGGCAGUUAGAAGCUCUAAAUUUAUCUGCAAACGGUUUGACUGAAGCCUGUGUCCCUGAUAUCUGCAUGAUCCUGGCCAUGCAAACCUCUCUGAAACACCUUGAACUGGGAAACAAUCACCUUGGAGACAGUGGAGUUAAACAGCUGUGCACUGCUUUCAAUGGACAGCAGUUAGAAGCUCUAAAUUUAUCUGCAAACAAUUUGACUGAAGCCUGUGCCCCUGAUAUCUGCAUGAUCCUGGCCAUGCAAACCUCUCUGAAGCACCUUGAACUGGGAAACAAUCACCUUGGAGACACUGUGGUUAAACAGCUGUGCACUGCUUUAAAUGGACGGCAGUUAGAAAGUUUAAGUCUGGCUGACAACAAUCUGACAGACAGCUGUGUUAUGGAUCUCUGCAAAAUGCUAAACAGUAUGGAAUCCCUCAGACUGGUAAAUCUGGAAAAUAACAGCUUUACAGGGGAAUCUGCUCCAAGCUUCAUCAAAAGCAGAAGAGACUACCACUGUGACAGAAUGGUGGUUAAGCUGAGCGGGAAUCAGAUCAGUAAACAGCAGGUGGAGUCUCUGGAAAAAAUGCCAUGGAAUAUUUGGAAAAUUUGUAAAUUGCUGUAGUACUGGGUAUCAGGGUGUAUUCAGUUGAUCUAAAAAGUUGUGGAUUUUAAAAUUUCCACCAUGCAAAUAGCAUUGUCAUUAAAGAAUCUUGUUUGAUAUGUUUAGUUCUACUAUUUUAGUACCAACUGCAACAAAACAAUACAGAGAUCAAAGUUUGAGAUCAGCUAAUCCCAGCUUUAGUACAGACCUCAAGCUUAAACUGACCAUUUCUUCUUGGUGUGGGGAAAAGGCUAGUGAGUGGGUGAAGGGAUAGGAAAAGAGUCAGAGGGGUGCAUUUUUGUACUGCAUAGUUCAUUUCAAGUUUUAAAGCUGUAAUAUUUUAAACAUUUCUACAUUUGACUUCUUUCUGUAACCCCCAAAAUCAUAUGUGAGGAGAUUUACAUUUCAAAAUUAAAGAUACACAAUAAGAUUACAUUACACUUAACAGUGAGCAGAGAUGCACAGCAAUUGUUGUAUUAAAUGUAACGAAUAGCUAGCAGAAAUUAGAGAAAUGUUUCUAUCAGACUUCUUGACAUUUUUUUUUAGUACUAGUCGUUGAAAACCCAGCACAUGUCUCAAGAUUGCUUGCAAUUCUCUAUGUCCUGUCCCACACUCCUCGCCCCUCUGGAUGGGGUGGGGGAACAGGACUUCAGCUCUCUCCUUCCCUGCUCUUUUCUGUCCCCCCUGCUCUCUCCUCUUUCUCGGUUUCACACUGUUGAAAUCACCUCCCCUUGUCACCCCCUCAGUGGUCUCUACCACCCUACUGGACCACUCACUCUCUUUCUUGAUAAGCUUGGCUUCCUCUUCUCCCCCUCCCUUCUCCCUCCACCCCUGUUUUUCAAUUAGGUGAAUUCAACAUCUACCUCUCCAACCCCAAACACUCUGCUGGAUUACUUCCCCUUCUUCACUCCUUUAUCUUCUGUGUCCCCCCCCCCCCCCCACACACACACACAGGGCUGUCAAGUCGACCUCGUCUUCAUCAAGGACUGCUUCCCCCGCCCUCUCAGUCACUCCUCUCGAUAUCUACCUUGCCUCCUUCCCCACCCAUACCCUGUCCUCAGCUCACUCACUCUCCAUCACCCUCUGCAACCCAUGCUAAUCUACCCUCCUUCUCGCCCCUUUCAGACUCUGAUCUUCAAACAGGCCUGCAUCACCCCCAUCUUAUAAAAACCCUCCCUGGAUCCCUCAUCCAUCCAAAACUACUAUUCUGUUUCCCUUCUCCCGUUCCUCUCUAAUAACCUCAACCCCGUCCAAUCUGGUUUUCCCCAGACACACUCCCCUAAAAUUGCAGUUCUCUCAUCAACCAACUACCUCUGCUGCCUUUGACACAGUUGGCCACUCUAUUGUCCUGUCCUCCCUUGCUGACCUGGGACUCUCUGGCACUGCUCUUGCCUGGUACUCCUCCUACCUCUCCAAUCACACAUACUGUGUGUCCUGAGGUGGCUCACCCUCUGCCUCUUUCGACAGAUGUCCUACAAGGCUCGGUCCUGGGACCCCUCCUGUUUUCUAUGCUGAUGAUGCCCAGGUCUUCCCGUAUCUCUACCUGUCUCUUGGCCAUCUCCUGGAGGCACUUGCAUCAUCUUAAACUCAAUCACUCAAAAUCAGACCUUCCCCUUCUUCCUCCCCCACCGCUCAUGUCUCUAUCUCUAUUCAACUUGAAUCCACCACCCUCUCUCCCUCCUCAUCCGCCAGGAACCACGGUGUCACCCUCGACCCCUCCCUCUCCUACU